AUAGAUGUCGUUACAAGGUUGACAUGCGACAUACUACCACAAACUUCAACUUCACUGAGAACGCACAUUUCAGUAUGCCGACAACAAAUGUGUCAAACAGAGGUAAAUAGUGGCAAAAAACUGUGAAAGAAAUACAUCAAAAUGUUGUUCUAUUCGUUCUUCAAGUCAUUGGUGGGAAAGGAUGUCGUCGUUGAGCUCAAAAACGAUUUAAGUAUAUGCGGCACAUUGCACUCGGUAGAUCAGUAUCUGAACAUCAAAUUGACAGACAUCAGUGUGAACGACACAGAAAAGUAUCCACAUAUGUUAUCGGUGAAAAACUGUUUCAUCCGUGGUUCAGUGGUGCGUUAUGUGCAGUUACCGGGUGAGGAAGUGGACACACAAUUGUUGCAAGAUGCGGCUCGCAAAGAAGCUGUCACCAGCACACGAUAGAUAUAAACGUUCCAAUGAACCCACCAUCCCGCAACUGAUUAUUUAAGUUUUAUGGCAAAGAAAAAAACACAUGAAUUAUUCGGAGAAGUGAUUCGUUUGUAAUGUCUAGACAAAUGCUUAAUAAAUUCGAAUAAG